UAUUCAAUUCUGUUUUUUACUAACAUUAACCAGGCUGAAAUCUGGUCAGGCUGUUCUGCUUUUUAUGAUUGAUUUCUGAAUAAAACAUAAAUAUUGGUAUAGAAUUGUUUGUUGCAUAAUUUAUAUCUGCAACUGCAGCAUUCCUAUUGACAAUAUUAGUGUGAGUGUUGCCAGCGGGAAAAAAAACAGUUCCUCCUACUGAGGUGGUUGCAUUGGUUCCUUGGCCACAUUUCUGUUGCAUUCUCUGGCAGCCCGAGAUGCCGCUGAACUGGAGGUCAGGUUGGAAGUUACAGUAUUAAUACAAGGUUCGCCAACCACGUGAUAUUGUGAAUGAUCUGCAAUUGGCUUCUAUUUCUUGCGCCUUGUGACGAUGGUCGUGGUAGGCUGUGGCGAUGGCUCUUAUACACCCAACAAACCACUUGGGCGAUCCUCUUCCGUUUUUGGCUUAAUACUGUGACCAAAUCUAACCAUAUGUCCAGGCUACACCUGAAGAUGUUAGUAUCGGGACCGGGCACUGCUUGUGCUGCUCACACCAUCGGCUGCGCCUGACCUGGAAUCGAAGAUGAACUGGGGGUCCUUUUAUGCCGUGAUCAGCGGCGUAAACAGGCAUUCGACGGGCAUCGGGCGAAUAUGGCUCUCGGUCAUAUUCAUCUUCCGCAUCCUGGUGCUGGUGGUGGCGGCCGAGAGUGUGUGGGGCGACGAGAAGUCGGGCUUCACAUGCAACACGCAGCAGCCCGGCUGCAACAGCGUGUGCUACGACCAGUUCUUCCCCAUCUCCCACAUCCGCCUGUGGGCCCUGCAGCUCAUCCUGGUGUCCACGCCCGCUCUGCUGGUGGCCAUGCACGUGGCCCACCGGCGGCACAUCGACAAGAAGAUCCUGAAGCGGUCGGGCCGCGGCAGCCCCAAGGAGCUGGAGCACGUCAAGAGCCAGAAGUUCCAGAUCGUGGGCGGGCUGUGGUGGACGUACAUGGUCAGCAUCGUGUUCCGCAUCGCCCUGGAGGUGGUCUUCCUCUACAUCUUCUGGCGGAUCUACCCCGACUUCAAGAUGGUGCGGCUGGUCAAGUGCGACUCCUUCCCGUGCCCCAACACGGUGGACUGCUUCGUGUCGCGGCCCACCGAGAAGACCAUCUUCACCGUGUUCAUGCUGACCGUGUCGGGCGUCUGCGUGCUGCUCAACCUGGCCGAGGUGGUCUACCUGGUGGGGAGGGCGUGCCAGCGAUGCGCCCGGGACCCGGAGGAAGACAACAAGGUGGCGUGGAUUGGCCAGAAGAUGUCCACGUACAGGCAGAACGAGAUCAAUCAGCUCAUAGCCGGCCAAUCGAUCAAGCCCAAGUUCCCCGUGACUAGAAAGGGUUCGGCCGAUAAAGGCGACCGGUGCUCCGCUUUCUGAGGUUGAGGUGAACGCAGCACGGAAGUCUACCUGUACUGUAUAUCGGGGUGUUUGGAGUGUACUCGUUGAUGCUAUUUAUUAUGCGGUGUAUGGUUUAAUGAGGGUAUUUAUCCGUAUUUUGUGUUGGGGAAAAUUGCUAUUAUCUACUAGAAGUAAUAAUAAGCUUUGUAUUGACUGAAAUGUCAUGUGAUUAACGUUUCAAAGGGAUCCCCAGUUAAAGCCAUAUGCACAUGAUAAAGCAAUGUUGUAUUAUACUUUUGGUUUAACGAGUUCAUAGAAUCUGUGUAGCCCUUCUGAAUCAUAACCAGAGCUGUGCUGUCCCAAAAAACUGUUUACAUAUAAUUAUAACAAACUAGAAUGAUAGGGAUAUAAACAGAAGCUUAUUUAUUGUGUAUUUCCUGUCAAAUGUUUUCCAACAAUGUGUUAAUAUGCCACAUCAAAAAUGUCUGUAACGGUAUGAUGGGAAAUUUCUUGGAAACCUUGUGUAAACCCGUUCCUUUCCAUCCCAAGAAAUGGAUCCAUUGUUAGAAAGAAACGCCACAUCAUACUGAAUAGACAAAAUAAGAGUGUGUUCUUCUCUGUUCUUUGAUUGGCCUGUUUGAAAAGUCCUAGCCAAGAUGGCUGGCAAUUUCAGUAAUUUUUCUUUGGGGUUGUUUUUGAAUC